AUGAACAUGGAAAUUUUGGACAAUACAAUCCUUAAAAAAACUGCUCUUGUUUUCUUUUGUAGUUUUUUGUUUUGGAAGAUCGUUAGAUACAUGUGUGGUCUUCUCAAAGUUGACAAAGAACCUGUCACCAUAUUGGUCACUGGUGCUGCAGGACAAAUUGGUUAUGCACUUGUUCCAAUGAUUGCAAGAGGGAUGAUGUUAGGUCCAAAUCAACCUGUGAUUCUACAUAUGCUUGAGACUGAACCAGGAUUUGAGGCACUUAAAGGGGUCAAAAUGGAACUAAUUGAUGCUGCUUUCCCACUUCUUAAAGGUGUUGUUGCUACUACUGAUGUUGUUGAAGCUUGCAAGGAUGUUAACAUUGCUGUUAUGGUUGCUGGAAUCCCAAGAAAAGAAGGAAUGGAAAGAAAAGAUGUAAUGUCUAAGAAUGUUUCUAUUUACAAAGCUCAAGCUUCAGCUUUGGAGGAGCAUGCUGCUGCAGAUUGUAAAGUGCUAGUGGUUGCAAAUCCAGCGAACACAAAUGCUCUAAUAUUGAAAGAAUUUGCUCCAUCAAUCCCUGAGAAAAAUAUCACAUGUCUUACAAGACUUGAUCAUAAUAGAGCAUUAGGCCAAAUCUCUGAGAAGCUUAAUGUUCAUGUUAGUGAUGUGAAAAAUGUCAUCAUUUGGGGAAAUCACUCCUCAACUCAAUAUCCAGAUGUUAACCAUGCAACCGUCGCAAUAAGUAAUGGCCAAAAAACUGUCAAAGAAUUAGUUGCUGAUGAUUAUUGGCUAAACAAUGAGUUCAUCACAACUGUUCAGCAGCGUGGGGGUGCAAUUAUCAAAGCAAGGAAGUUGUCUAGUGCAUUAUCAGCAGCAAGUGCUGCUUGUGAUCAUAUACGUGAUUGGGUUCUAGGUACACCUAAGGGAACAUGGGUAUCAAUGGGAGUAUAUUCUGAUGGAUCUUAUGGAAUUCAACCUGGUCUCAUUUACUCUUUUCCUGUUACAUGUGACAAAGGAGAGUGGAGUAUAGUACAAGGGCUCAAGAUUGAUGAAUUGUCAAGGGAAAAGUUGGAUAAAACUGCCCAAGAACUCAUUGAGGAGAAAACAUUGGCUUACUCAUGCCUUUAG